AUGUCACUGUGUUGUAUCAGAGGGCAGAUUGUUGCUCUUUGUCACAGUCUCACAUCACUAUUAGAUGAAGUGCCAAACAUCCGCAAAAAACAUUUUGUGACUGGACCACCCAAUGAAACCAAAUCAGACCUGCAGUCUGAGGAGAACGUGUCCCCUGAUCCAAGGACAUUUCAACCUCGCCCUAAAAGACUGUUAUCAGCUGAUGGAAAGAGUCUCAUAAACCUGUGGUUCAUCCCUCAUUACACAGAGGUGCUGCUCAUGUUCAAAUCUCUCGAGGAAAAGGAAUGUCACCAAGCUCUUCAAAACACACUGCAAAUAAUAUCAUCUCUUCAUGAUGUCGUCUAUUUCCUGGUGAGCUUUGCUCGGCUGGGCAAUCCAAACACGUCCUUCAAUCCCAACAGUGCUCAGAGACUUACAGCGAACUGGGGCGGAUCUGAGAGCAUCGGGGCUGAGCUGUGGGACGUCCAGCGACAGAUUGACUCUCUCCAUGAGCCCAGAAGUUCAGAGGCUGUCGGGCGGCUCCUGCAGCUACACAGGGAAGUUCUCUUCCUGCGCUUUGAUACUGCAGUACGGUACAUGAUCAGGGAAGUGUUCCUCUCCUCUGGAAACAUCUCAGCCUAUCAAAGCGUGAGUGAAAACAUGAGCCACGCCCUCCCAGUCAUGAGUGACAGUGUGAAGGAUGAAGACAGUUUUCUCUCUGUUCCUCAAACACUAGAUCCAUGCAGCCUGCAGGCCCAAAAAUGGUAUCCAUGGAGAUCAUUUCUUGCAUGCCAUGGAUCACACCCCUUGAUGAUAUGGGACGUCCCGCCGAUUGAAUAUUACAUGCAGCUCUGUUUGUGUGAUCUGAAUGACCGCUGUAGAAUGGAGGCUAACGGGGCGAUACUGGGCGUAGCUCUGAUCAUUGAUGAUGUGCUCAGUAGUGGAUGGGACGCAGGACCCCUUCAGCUACAAAGCAUUGGAGAGACCAACAAUACUGUUGAGUCUGGGGAAGAAGACUCCAACGAUAACAUGGGAAAUGAGGGGGGUGGAAAUGAAGUUAUGUCUAAAAUUCAAGACCCCAUAAGAUCCCUGAUGAACCAGCGAGGAUUUUUACUGCUUUGGAAACAAAUGGAAGUUUUCAAAGAGAGCUGGACACAUCGACAGCUGGGUUCGGUGAAAAUAAACACCCCUGAAGUUUUUAAAAACAUCUCACAACUUUACAGAACGGAGAUUUACUUUCCCAGUAUGCAAGCUCUGGCCCAGCACAUGGGUAAAGAGAAGGAAUAUGAGCUUGUGUUGUCUCAGAAUCAGUCUGUUCAACCACCUCCAGGAGCAGCAGAGGUUGACAUCAAAACAUGGCAGUUACUGCGACUCUUGGAGAUCACAGAGUGUGACAUGAUCCGAGCCGUUCAGAUGAGGAUUAGCGGUGAAAUGACUCUAGUGAUGUCAGAGCGCACGCGGCAUGACACCGAGCUCCCUGCAGAUCUGUGGAAAAUGGCCUCCAUGAAGCACAGCUGCUCACUUGAAAGACCCCAGGUAGUGGAGAAUUUCAUCCAGCAGUUAAUGAACGGCGACGAGGAUGAGACUGAAGCACAGGUGACCUUCUCCAAAGUUCAUCUGCAGGAGUGUUUGACUGAUCUAGCUUGCGCUGUAAUGAAUCGUGAGCGGAGCACCUUCCAGCAAUAUUCACAGUUUUACGAGCAAAUCCUUCAACAGCAGGGACAACUACUCUACCAGAGAGAACAGGAUGUUAAAGAGCUUGAAGGCAAAGAUCUGCAAACCAAUGACUCCUAUACAAAGGUAGCAGAGGUUUGUCGGGAGAUGAUGGUCGAGAUCACAGCUCUACGUGCCAGAGUCACUCAACUAGAAGAGGAAAGGAGAAGUUUAGAUCAACAUCUCAACCUUAAACACAGAGAAUGUUACGACACGCUGGUUCGCCAGCUCUUUUCUACGUGUAUUCUUCUGAAGUCGCAGCUUGACAAAUACCAUGUGAAUAUGGACCAAGAUGUGAGACAGAUGGUGAGCAGAGUGAGGAAAGAGGGCAUAGACAGAAUCAUCAAACUGAAAAAUAAAUUGUCAUCUACCAAAGAUAACGAGGCCCUCACUCAGACCCUUAACGAGAAAGAGGUGUUAGAAGAUCUUUAUGCAGAGAACAGCAAGCUGGUUGGACUUCUCUGUAAACUGAAAGCAUUUCAACACUGGAGAGUGGCGGUCGAUCAAGGCAAACUGCAAAAAGAGCUGCUGCAAUGGCGACAGAAUGAGUGGUCCUGUAAAACAGAAGCCGUUAAAGUGAAGAUGAUCUCAAAACAGAGAGAGAUCGCACUAAAACAAGAGUUGGAUGCCAUGAAGGAGGCCAUGCUGCAGUAUAAGACCAAUUAUGAACACAUCAAAAGACAGAUCACCAUGCAGUCUCAGAAGCUACAGGACAUGGAACACCGAUCUGCACGAGACGCACAAAGCCGACAAGAAAUCGAGAACCUGCGAAUGCAAAGUCUGGGGCAGCUACAGGAGGACACGGUGGACAAAGACGGUCAGCUGCGAGCUCUGAGUGCACAACUGGAGAUGAACAGUCGAAAGACAGAACAGCAACAACAACGCAACCGCAAGCAAAUCAAACAUGCGAGAGAUCAGCUUCAUCAGGAACGGAGCCUGAAACGAGAAGCGUUCCAGCAUGUAGAUAAACUGCAAAGUCAGAUGCACAGUUUUGAAGCCACAUUGUCUCAGUCCACCAUUCCCUCAGGGCGACACAGUUCCUUAAGAAAGCUGUGUUUAAGAAAUGCUUCAGCUGGAUUGCUAAGGAAAAACUCAGCUACAUCAUUGAUAAACAGUAGCUUUAUAUAUAGAGAUUAUACAACUGAAGGCCUUGAUGCUCAGACUGGUUGGAGGGAGUCUUGGACACCUCUGGAUAGACCAAAAACAAACACCAGUGGUCUACAUCUGGACAUUUCAGAAGCGCUUUUGCCCAGUCUUACUGAUGGAACCUCAUCUUCUAACCAAACAUCAUAUCCGAAUCUAAGACUGGGUCACAAAUAAUCAUCUGAACCACAUUUUAUCAACAAAUCUGAUGCCUUUCAAUUUAUUGUUAGACUUUUGACACUUUUUAUUGUUAGAAAUUAUAGAGAGAAGACAGAAAAUUGGUGGGAGAGACGGGAUGAAUGGUUUCGGGAUGCAAAACACAGGCCGGAUUCGAGCCUGUGUCUCCCACAUAUGGUCUAAGGCUCAUGCACAGAGCACAUGCACUACUGUAACUGCUAGUCCACAGUUCGGACAGAUCUGAUCUUUUUCAUCUGAAUUGUGCAUUUAUUAACUAGUAAUGCUUAACAUUUACCAUAACCAUUAUAGAGCGCAACAGUCUGGU